AUGACAUCAGUGGCAAAUAUAACCGAAGAUCUUUGUAAAAUAUGUGACGGCCGAGUCGAGUGCGCGCCAACAGCUAUACUCCUGAUUUCCCUCGUUCAUACUCUGUACGGACAUAUAGGGUCUGAGCCCGAUUAUUUUCGCAAUAAUAAAGUUUCACUUAAAUCGGAAAGUAAGAGGGAAUUUGAAGAUAAGCCGCGAUACAAGCUGGCGUACAGGAGCAAAUUUUUAGAAGACGAUAAGAAUUAUGACGACGAAGAUUAUAUGAAUUUAGAAUAUGAUUUUAUUGUCAUAGGCGGUGGCACGGCCGGCUGCGUCGUAGCAAGUCGAUUAUCAGAAAAUAGAAAAUGGAAGGUUCUACUUAUAGAAGCAGGUCAUGAACAACCUAAAAUAGCUUCAAUUCCCGGUCUUACGAGUGAAUUUAAAGGGUCUUCUUUAGACUGGCAAUAUUCUAUGAGACCGAAAAAAGGAUUUUGUCAAAACCGCCCUAGCGGCUGCGAGGUCGUUCAAGGCAGAGUUCUAGGGGGCACAUCUACUAUUAACGAUAUGGCGUACAUGAGAGGCAGUCCCGCGGAUUACGACGAAUGGGCUCUCAAUGGCAACGAAGGGUGGAGCUUUAGCCAAGUGCUGCCCUACUUUAAAUACUCAGAGGGGAAUUAUGACAAGGACAUAUCAAAGAGUAAACUCUUUCACUCCACACAAGGGCCAUUAGAUGUAGGACGAUACCCUUACGUCGACGACAACGCCGAUGUUCUUCUCAGUGCUUUCAAUGAUCUCGGUUAUAAUUACACUGAUGUAAAUGGAAAAAAUCAGUUAGGAUUCAUGAGGAUACAGACAAUGUCGUAUAUUGGAGAGCGCGUAAGUUCAUACAACGCCUUUAUCGAACCGAUACGAAAACUGAGAACAAAUAUUGAAAUAGUUACGGAAGCUUUAGUCACUAAAAUUUUAUUAAAAGAAAAUAGAGAUAGUGUUAAGGUUAUCGGAGUAGAAUAUAUUACAAAUGGCACUAAAGUUACGGCGAAAGCAUCGAAGGAAGUUAUUUUAAGUGCUGGUGCUAUCAACUCAGCCAAACUCCUGAUGCAAUCUGGUAUAGGGCCUAAAGACUACUUAGAAUAUUUGAACAUUAAAGUUUUCAAUGAUUUACCGGUUGGAGGUAAUUUUCAUGAUCAUCUGUCGGUUUGUCUACCUGUCAUAAAACUUAUAAAAACAGCCACUACAUCUAACUUUCCAGAAAAGUUAAAGGACAUAACGAAUUAUUAUUCGAAAGGAAUUGGACCUCUUUCGACGAAUUUUCAAGUCGUAGCUUUUUACGAAACAAGUAUCUCAGAAAUUCUUAAAACGCCUGAUAUUGAAUUUAGAUUCCGUGGUCACAAUUCAAAUAUGUACUACGACAAGAUGGAUAUUUGUACAUCUCUCCUAACUCCUAGGAGCAGAGGACAGAUCGUACUGAAUGCGACCGAUCCUAUAUUUGGAGCUCCUUUGAUUUACCCUAAUUUUCUCAAGGAUCCUACUGAUGAAAAGAAACUAUUAGAAGGCAUACAAGAAGUUGUAAAAUUAUUCGAUACUGAAGUAUUCAAAAAUGCAGAAUUCGAAUUUGAUCCACGACCCAUAUUGAAAAAUGAAUGUAGUGACCAUGAACGAGUUUCUGAAGAAUUUUGGUCGUGUAUAGUGAGACAAUUUUCGGCUCCGUUGCAUAAUUAUGUUGGGACUUGUAAAAUGGGCCCGUCAAAAGACCCAGAGUCUGUAGUUGAUAAUAGCCUCAGAGUCUAUGGUGUAACUAAUUUGAGAGUAGUCGAUUCAUCGAUAAUACCUAAAAUAACGAGGGGUUCUACAGCAGCUCCCGUUAUUAUGAUUGCUGAGAAAGCCAGUGAUUUAAUAAAAAGCGUUUGGUAUUAA